AUGAAAUGGUCUAUCGCUACCACCCCGCCGACUGUCAAGAUAGUCUGUGUCCGAAUGGAAAUGCAAAAUUACCCUCGAGAUGCCAUCUGCGCCGCCCUUGGGAGGACCAUAUCCCGACAAUCUUUUGACCGUUGGAUGGAACUCUACCGCCUAACUCAGCGGGUCGUUCGGGAUCCCAAGGAAUACGAAGAACGAGGUGGUCAGUACAAGCUGACCGGUGAAGAUCGAGAAUUCAUGCUUGAGCUCUUACGAGCCGAGCCCGGGCUGUUCUUGGACGAAAUUCGGGAGAGGUUAUACGAUGACAGCGGCACCUUGAUAGGCAUCACAAGUGUUCACCGCAACCUAGUCGAAAAAAUGUCGAUCACUCUGAAGAAAGCGGAUACUGUGAACAUCAAAAAGUCACUGGUUGCUAAAUAUGCUUACAUCGACAGGCUGGCAGGUGUACCUGCCGAGCAGAUAGUAUUCACAGACGAGUCUACCUUCUGCUCCAGAGACCUUCUUCGAACGUUUUCCCGAUCCAAAAAAGGUACGGGCGCCAUCCGACAUCAACUGGAGCAGAACCCAAAGCGCUUCACACUCAUUCCGGCGAUCAGCAUGUUUGGCGUCAUUGCACUCACGGUAACCAAAGAAAAUGUCAAGCGACCUUACUUCACACACUUCCUAAAAUAUCAGCUGCUUCCGCGAAUGAAUCCUUAUCCUGGUCUUAAUUCGAUCCUCGUCAUGGACAAUGCUGGCAUUCAUCGGGGGGCCGAUGUUGCCCGUUUAUGCCACGACGCGGGUGUCCGAUUGAUCUACCUUCCUCCGUAA